CCCAAAUCUUUCUCUACACUUCCCUUCUCUUUCCCACCCCUCAAGCAAAAGAGUAAACCAUCAAACAUCGCAUCUCCCCCCAUUUCUUCGCAUUUCCCUCUCUCCCACCCUUGCCGGGGUUUCACGCCGCCGUUGCUGCGUCUCCUUUUUUAUAGACCUUCUACCUCCCGCCUCCACUGGAAGCAGCUCGAAGGAGUAGCUGCGCCGAUUUAAACAGGAGCAGCUGCCGCUGUCUUCCGCCGCCACGGACCACCAGUUACCGGAGGCGGCCGCUGCGCCUCAAGCCUAAUUUCUGCGCAGCUCUCUGUAUUAGAUACAUGACGCUACAUGCGAAUUGGUCGGUUGCUCACCCCUUAGUUCUUAUUCUGUUAAACCCUUCCUAAACCCCGGAACCAUAUGCUCUCCGACUGCCUCAAUAUACAACGCUUUUCCUGAUUAUUAUGUGUAAUUUGUUAAAAUUAAUUUUGAUUUUAUUCUCUCUCAUAAUUGCAAUGCCGAGCAUGUUAAUUUUUCGUUUGUGCUUGCUUGAUUUUUGCUUAUUUUAUCCUCAGAUUACAUGUUUCGGAAUUUGGAGUUCCAUCACUUCAUGUGGUUAGCAUAGUGAGGCAUUAUGAACAUUUUUUUUUUCAUAUUUGGAAAUUUGGAUACGGAUGUAGAUUAGUUUAAGCAGCUAUGCAAGACAACUGUUUGAUGAAUUACGUAUUCGAGUUAAUACCUUGAAUAUGCAUAACACAUGAUAUGGGAGUAUUAUUUUUGGGGCUUGACAUGUUUUCAUAUUUCGCUGACUAUAUUGAGAUAGAAUUGAAAUCAACGAGCUUAUAUUUGCACUAAUAAUACUCAAACUUUACCGUAUUUUGUUCUUCGAUGUGGCCUCAUUAAUGAAAUGAGCAAGUACUAUUCUACACCUUGUUUUUCAGUUAGUGGUCGCCAAGAUAGCAAAGCUACUUGCUCUGAUGGUGGUGCACGUUUGAUGAAUAAUUUGAGAAAGUCUAUUUCUUCUGUUGGAUAUUCUGAAUUUAACAAGCAUAUAUGCAACUUUGAGAAGGUUCCAGUUUCUUUUUUUCACGGAAACUUGAGGAGGUACAGUGGCAGUUCAAGUCUUGAAAGUUUUUCUAGUAUACCUCAUGAUGUUCUUCAAUCUAGUGGACUUCAGCAUUGGUUCAAGAAUUGGCAACACUUGAGAAAGAAUAAACUAACAGCAAGUACUUUUGCUUUGGCAAUUGGUUUCUGGCCUCGUGGACGGGCUAGAUUAUGGCUAGAGAAACUUGGAACAAUCGAGCCAUUCUCAGGUAAUUUAGCAACUUGUUGGAGCAACAUUAAGGAAGAGGUGGCACUUGAAAGAUAUAAGCUGUUAACUGGAAAUACAGUAUCAUAUCCUGAAUUCCAAGUGUAUGGAGAGAAGAGCCCUGCCGAUAAUUGGCUUGCUGCUUCCCCCGAUGGAGCUAUUGACAGUUACGUAUAUGGAUUGCCCAGCCAUGGGGUUCUUGAAAUUAAAUGCCCAUUCUUCGGUGGUGACAUGAGCAAAGCAGAGCCAUGGAAACGAGUGCCACUGCAUUAUAUCCCCCAAGCUCAAGGCUUGAUGGAGAUAUUGGAUCGAGAUUGGAUGGAUAUGUAUGUCUGGACACUCAACGGCAGCAGUUUGCUUAGGAUACACCGCAAUUUGGAAUAUUGGGACACUAUGAAGAUAGCUUUGUCUGAUUUCUGGUGGAAGCAUGUCCAACCAGCACAAGAGAUUUGCAGUAGAACAGUGAUCACAAAUCCACUGAUUGAACUAAGGUCAUUGAGACCAUCACCUAAGCAUAAAUUACAUCGUCGCAUUGUGUAUGAGAGCAAACUCAUUGUCGACAACUCCGAGCUCUUGUGGUGGGAGAAAUGCUUGAAAGGAAAACAAAAUUGUGGUGAGUUUGUUCGUUUUCCAUAACAAAGACAUGAAGCUGCUUACUGUAUCCAGUUUGAUGUGAAGUAAUCAGUUGGUGGAUUUCGACUGAUGUGAGCCCAUCCUAAAUUUAGUGAUGCUCACAUAUGAACUGAAACCACAGGAAAGUAAAACAAUUGGCUGCAGAAUACCCUUUACAUGGAAUUUGAGCAGAUUCAGAUUGGCUGCGUUUGUAACAACUACCAAACCAUGAUGCAUUGAUAAAUUCUUGAGCUCACUGCGCGACGACUGCCUCUUGUUACAUCAGUUUUGCACGAAAUACUUAAAUUUGGGAUAUUUGUCAUGUCAAAAGGAAUUUGCGAUUAGCGGGUAAAAUGGGCAAAUAAAUACUACUAGUAAGAAGUUGGGAUGGAAUGUAGACUUAUCCAUUAGUAACAAAUUUUUGUAUGCAAACUUGAAAUUGCUUGUAUCAAUUUAAAGUAUUGAUGAAACAUUUUAUAUGUA